AUGCCGUCUGAUAACAUAAGCUUCGGAGAAGAAAUUCCUUUAGACAAUCUCAAUAAAUCUGAUCCAAGGGAUGAUAAUAUGAAUGAUGACAUAUCUGAUGGUACCAUGCAAGGUCAAGAUAAUCUACCUGAAGAUCCAUUAUUAGAUGAAGAAAUCCAAAGAUUACAAGAUGAUCAAUCUAAAGUAAAGAUCUUUUUUAAGAAACUUUGGAAUGGUCCUGAUGAAAUCAAAGAUGAACCUCCAGAACCGUUUUCCAAAGGUAUUUUAUAUCAUAUUGAACAAGUACCACAAAAAUUCGAUCAAAGAGUGAGGCAUAGAUAUAAAGUAGCGAUCUUAAUAGGAUAUUUAUUAGCAUGGUUUCUUAUUGUUUAUAAUAUACUAUCUCCUUAUUUUACAGAACCACCUGGAGUGGUCGGAGGUGAUAUACAAGUUGUGAGUUUAGGAUGUACUAGUCAAUUAUGGAAUGGGAAAAAUGCUGCCUGUGGAUUAAAUGGUAUGGAUUGUCCUAAUUCUCAAACAGAUGAUAUUUUUGUCCGAUGCCCUGCUUUAUGUGAUAGAAGUUGGACUUAUUCUUUAGAACCUAUAGGAGAUCAAAGAAUAAGAUAUCAAGGAUAUUUUGUUGGUGGAGGAGACAAAGUGUCAAAUCCUGUCAAAGAUCAAUUAUCAAAUCCUUAUAGAGCCGAUUCAUAUAUUUGUGGGUCGGCAGUGCAUGCUGGAAUUAUAUCACCAUUUACUGGAGGAUGCGCAAGAGUUUCAUAUAAAAGUGGUGCUCAAUCUGGAUUUGAGUCAGCCAAGGGCCAUUAUGGAGUAGAUGAUUCAAUUAGUUUCCAGAGUUUCUUUCCUUCAUCAUUUUUCUUCAAAAAAAUCACCAGUGGAUUUUCAUCAAAUGAAUACGUUCAUGGAUGUAGUGAUCCAAGAUUACCCAUCCUUAUAACCAAUAUAAUUCUUGGUUUACCAAUAGUGUAUUUAGCUAGUGGACCUGUAAUUUAUUGGGUUAUCACCAUCGUUGGUUUCUGGACUAUAGCUUUAGCUACAGAUCCCCCAGUAAAUGUUGAUUCAAAUGAUUUAGAAACUUAUGCUUCAUUAUUAUCCAUUGGUUUAGAGAGAUUCUUACCUUCAUGUUUCAUAUUGUAUGCCCUUUGGAGGGCAUCUACUUCAAUAACUUUAGGAAAAUCUGAUUCUCCCGUAUCUCAUUUGAGUAGAGUCUUUUACUUUUAUCCCCUUUUCUGGUUAGGGGUGUUGAAUAAUAUUAGUUUUGAUAGAUUACCAGUUGAUAGAUUUACUUUGAAUGAUUUAAAAACACAACCUGGAGGUGCUAUUGCCGUAGCAUGUAUUGUAAGUUUAGUAUUGGUAUGUGCAGUUAUUCAAGCAUUCAAAAUUUGGGAAUCAGGUAAAUUCAAAAAGUACCUUGGAAUUUAUGGAUGUUUUGUAUUGGGACUCUUUUGGAUAUCUCAAUUACCAGGAUUAACUUUAAGAGUUCAUCAUUACAUUCUUGCUAUGCUUCUUAUUCCUGGGUGUUGCACUCGAGGUGUAACAGCUUUAUUAUUCCAGGGCAUUCUUCUAGGAUUAUUUUUAUCUGGAGCUGCAAGAUGGGGUUUAGCUGCCAUAGCUGAAACUGAUACUUCAUUGAGAAGAAAUGAUCCUAGUGGGAAAAUUUUACCUCCUGAAUUACUUGGAUUCGAUCUUGCCUCAGGGCUUUUAUCAUGGACCGAUCCCUCAUCUGAUAGAAAUAGACUUUAUAAAGGGAUUUCAAUAUUGAUCAAUGAUGUUGAAAGAUUUGUAGGACAGAACAUUUCCAGUGUAAAUUUACCCCAAUUAUUCCAAAACUCAACCGAAUUGACUAAUCUCAUCCAACAAACCUUAGAUAGUAAAUUUGUUGUAGAUAACGAAAAUAUUCCAUUAUACAUAAGAAUAGGUAAGAAAAUCAUGGGAACUCAUAGAUAUAGUGAUUAUUCCAAUGCCGCAAUCUUAAAAUGGCCCAGUGGUGAACUUACAUUACCUAAACCUGGUAUAACUUAG